UGUUUAAGACUUCUGUAUCUAGCAUUAACAUUUUUAGUAUUACGUUACCUUAACAAAUAUUGUCAUUUCGAUUUCUGUGCGUAAAGAGUAUUUAAUUUUUGAUAAAAACUGAUAUGAUCAAAAUUACAACCGACUAGUAAUAUUGGCUGUUGUAAUUAUUGUUUUACAUACCUAGAAGCUUUUUAAUUUUAUAGUCUGUGAAAUUACUUUUUUUUUAAAUUAUUUUGAAUGUCUGUUAUUUGAAAAGUGACAAUGAAAGUAAAAAUAUUAACACGAAAUCCUGAUGACUAUUUGAGAGAAACCAAACGAGAUAUUCAAAAAGUUCCUCGAAAUUAUGAUCCAAAUCUUCAUCCUUUUCAAGCUUCACGGGAGUAUGUACGUGCUCUUAAUGCUGUAAAAUUAGAAAGAGUAUUCGCUAAACCAUUUAUUGGCAAUUUGGAUGGUCAUAGAGAAGGAAUAUUUUGCAUGGCUAAACAUCCUAAAUCAUUAUCUACAGUAGCAAGUGGAUCUUAUGAUGGUGAAAUACGUCUUUGGAAUUUAGCUAAAAAAAAAAGCAUUUAUGCUGUGAAUGGUCAUGAUAAAUUUGUAAGAGGAUUGUGUUUUAACCAAGAUGGUUCUAAAUUGUUGAGUGUUGGGGAUGACUCUACAGUUAAAGCUUGGAAUACAGAUGAUGAGUUUGAAACUCCAAAUCAAACUUUUAUAUCACAGUCUGUGCUAUAUGAUAUUAGUCAUAAGUGGUUAGAUGACAGAAUAUUUGCAACAUGUGGUGAUGUGGUACAAUUAUGGGAUAUAACUCGAAGUCAACCUACAUCUAUUUUACAAUGGGGUGUUGACAGUUUACACCAUAUUGCAUUUAACCAAAUUGAUACUCAUGUGUUAGCUUCAUGUGCUAGUGAUCGAAGUAUUAUUAUUUAUGAUGCUCGAGAGGUAAGGCCUAUGAGAAAAGUAGUGAUGAAACUGAAAUCAAAUCAGUUAGCUUGGAAUCCUAUGGAAGCAUACAUUUUUACUGUUGCUAAUGAAGAUUAUAACUGUUAUUCUUAUGAUACGAGAAAUCUAAAACGUCCAAUUCAUGUUCAUAUGGACCAUGUAUCAGCUGUCACAUGUAUUGAUUAUGCUCCAACUGGUCAAGAAUUUGUUACUGGAAGUUAUGAUAAGUCUGUUAGAAUAUUUGAAAGUAAUAAUGGUCAUUCAAGAGAAGUUUAUCAUACUAAACGAAUGCAACAUUUAACUAGUGUUGCUUGGUCCUUGGAUAACAAAUAUGUUUUAAGUGCAUCUGAUGAAAUGAAUAUAAGAAUUUGGAAAGCAAAUGCAUCAGAAAAAUUAGGAACUUUGAGACCUCGUGAACAAACUGCAAUGGCUUACAAUGCAACUUUAAAAGAGAAAUAUGCAGCUCACCCUCAAGUAAAGAGAAUUGCAAAACAUAGACAAAUACCAAAACAUAUUUAUCAUGAACGUCAACAACAAUUAGAAUCUAGAAAAAAAUUAAAAAGAAAGGAAGAAAAUAUUCGAAGACAUUCAAAGAAAAACUCUGUGCCAAUUGUUCUAGAAAAAUACAAAAAUGUUAUAGCAGAAGUUGUUUAAAAUUCAAAAUACAAAUACAAAUAGUUAAAUUUUUUCAACUUAUUAUUUUUUAUUUUGUUCAUAUCAAUAAAAAAAAAAAGUAUUACUAUAA